UUCACUUCAUUCGGAAUUGCGUAUCUACCUCAUUUACAUGCUAUUUUUUUGAAAAUUGUGAAAUUUCUCAGUAAAAUCGUGAAUGUCACCUUAUAGAUACUGAAUUACUCUUUAAUAAAUAUUUCCCGAAAUCAUAACACAGAGGAAAGUGUACAAUCGACAAAUUUAAAGUGCCGUGACUAAUUUUACAUACGAACUUCUUGUAUAUAAACAUUCUACGCGAGGAAAACCUACAAAAAUUAAGAAAAUACGCGAAUUUAAAACUCCUUUCACGAAUAGACAUGGUAGUUCGCUGGUUGAACCUAUCAGUGUACGAAAGAUAGAAAAUCUGAGGAACAUGGGACAGCAGACUUCCAGGAAAAGUGGAGAAUGCACCUGUGGUUGUGGAGCCUGGGAACGAAGACGCUAUGCUGAAUCACCCUCCAGUGUCCAGAGAUAUGUGAGCGCUGUAACAGACAGGUGGAGUGCAAGGGAGUGCGCUUGCAGAAGGAAAAGAUGGCGACGACCUGCCUGCGUCUGCACUGCCUACAGAAGGGUCGGUGAUGACAGAUUGGCAGCAGUUCUGACGUUAGGAGCAAGAGAUCUCAGAAGGGAAUUAGAUGCCAUAGUCAUUAACACUGAGAGCGACGCGGCGCGGGACGGAGACGCGACGGCUGAACUCUACGUGCUCUCCGUGGCGCCCAGGACGCCGGACACGGAAGGAAGCCCAGCAUUGGAAGGGAGGAGGAAUGAAACAACACAAACAAACGAAAGCGCAAUACGACUACAUCCACACUUCCAGGUUGUAUGCGGUAGUGAACUAAGAGCGCUAUUGCUUAGGGCUCCGCCCUUGCAGCAGCCGCAGCCCCCGCCUACUAAAGUACACACUCAGGUGGACUACAUCCAUUGCCUGGUGCCUGACCUCCAGGAGAUAACGGCCUGCUCGUACUACUGGGGCAAGAUGGACCGAUACGAGGCCGAGAGAUUGUUAGAGAAUAAGCCAGAGGGCACGUUCCUGCUGCGCGACUCGGCGCAGGAGGAGCACCUGUUCUCGGUGUCGUUCCGCAAGUACGGGCGCUCGCUGCACGCGCGCAUCGAGCACUACCGGCACCGGUUCAGCUUCGACUCGCACGACCCGGCCGUGUUCGCGGCGCGCACCGUCACCGGACUCAUCGAGCACUACAAGGACCCCGCCUGCGUCAUGUUCUUCGAGCCCAUGCUCACCACGCCGCUGCCCCGCGCCGCGCCCUUCCCGCUCCAGCAGCUGGCGCGCGCCGUGCUCGUCUCGCACACCACCUACGACGGCGUGGAGCUGCUGCCCCUGCCGAGCCGCCUCCGCCGCUACCUCAAGGAGUACCACUACCGGCAGCGCGUGCGUGUGCGCCGCCUCGAGCCCGGCCUCUACCAGCCGCAGUAAAUAUUCCUGCAUUGGGACCCUCCCAUCAUUGGUCUGCGUUGGAAGCGGCUUAUCAUCGCACGGAGAAACAUCACAUUAACUACCUAUAUAAAUAAAUAUAAUUUUGUAUUAAUAUUAAUUAUUGUAAAUUAACGAUUAAGAAGUUGUGGUGAGAAAAGGCGGCCGGCUCCAAGCGUCCCGUUCCGCACCAGCGAGAAGCGCUGUUGUCGAUGUGGGAAUGUCGAAUGUGUUAGAGCCUCGAGACAAUCCGGGCAGGACCGGAGCGCGGGGGCGGAGCCGCGUGCUGUCCAGAUCCUGAACAAACUCAUUUUACAAAUAGAGCACUUAAAGAAAUCAUUUUAUAAAAAUGAUCUUAUAGUAGCAAUGAGACAUACUUGCCAAAUUGAAUACCAGGGCUUUUAGGUACGAGUGCGGACAAAUACCCGGGUCAAAAACCAGGUUUUGAAAAUACUUGAAAGCAUACGUAUUGCUUGAGACGCCGCGGUGUUCAAAUUUGUAAAUACAUAGGAAUUCAACCCGUAUUCCAUGAUGCAUAAGGAGAAAAAUCGUAUAAAUAUACAAAUCAGAUUGUGUUUUUUAUUCCCAAUCAGAUAUGAAUCAUUUUCCUAUGAAGUAUUUUCAUGUGAGUGUUCAGGUGUUUUUGAGCAAACCUGGUAGC